AUGGCGCCGGUUGGGUGUGUGCGAUUCGCUUCAUGGUUAACAUGUCUUCUUGCAGUCUUACAGUUGAAUAGCUGCUACGGUCAGGCACCCGUUAGUGUACGACUUGUGAAUGGUCCAUCGCCCAAUGAAGGAAGAGUAGAGAUUUUGUACAAUGACCAAUGGAACACCAUCUGUGAUGAUAAAUGGAAUAAUGGUGAAGCAGAGGUUGUUUGUCGUCAGCUUGGCUAUGGCACUGAUAAUGUAACACCAAGGAGUUUAGCCUACUAUGGUGAAGGAUCCGGACCGAUUCAACGAGUCGAGUGCUAUGGUUGGGAGGAUAGCUGGGAAUCCUGUACUGUGUCUUCAGGGAAUUCCUCAUGUGGCCAUUAUGAGGAUGCAGGAGUAAGAUGCGAGGCACCCAUUAGUGUACGACUUGUGAAUGGUCCAUCGCCCAAUGAAGGAAGAGUAGAGAUUUUGUACAAUGACAAAUGGAACACCAUCUGUGAUGAUAAAUGGAAUUAUGGUGAAGCAGAGGUUGUUUGUCGUCAGCUUGGCUAUGGCACUGAUAAUGUAACACCAAGGAGUUUAGCCUACUAUGGUGAAGGAUCCGGACCGAUUCAACGAGUCGAGUGCUGGGGUUGGGAGGAUAGCUGGGAAUCCUGUACUGUGUCUUCAGGGAAUUCCUCAUGUGGCCAUUAUGAGGAUGCAGGAGUAAGAUGCGGGACCGACGUUUCCACAACCUUAGAUCCAUUUCAAUGGCCAGCGACAACCACAGACUAUUACGGUGGAAUCUAUAACGUACAGCUCGUAAACGGUCCAUCACCCAGUGAAGGAAGAGUAGAGAUCUGGUACAAUGGCCAAUGGAACACUAUCUGUGAUGACAACUGGAAUCUUGAAGAAGCACAGGUUGUUUGUCGUCACCUUGGCUAUAGCACGGAUAAAGUCGUAGCAUGGAGUUCGGCCUUCUAUGGACAAGGUUCAGGACCGAUUCAACAUAUCCAGUGUUCUGGUUGGGAGUCUAACUUGGGUUCCUGUUCUCUGACUUCAGGGGAUUCCAUAUGUGGCCAUAAUGAGGAUGCAGGAGUAACAUGCGGUUACACAAACACCGGCAUCACAAACAGAACAACAACAUAUAGAACAUCUCCUCGGGUAAUCGGAUCAAUGUCAUUCGUCGGAGUGUCCUUGUUUCUCCUAACCAUCAUCGCCGUAGUUGCUGUUGUGUUCGUGUGCAGUCAACAGAAGAUUUCCCCUUCAGCAGCUAUGGGAAUGCAACAGUUAACUACUCCUACCACUAACCCUGCACCUCAUCCAGCAUCAACCAUGCCCAUGCCUGCACCCGUCUGCGUCGAUGUACCUGUUUAGAUUAUGGACAGAAACCCACGUUUGCUUAUUAGAAGAUUCCGACUGCCAUUCUAAAAGGUGUGCCUCACAAUUGUUUCCAGUUUUCCCUUGUGAUUGCUCUCAGUUGUAUAUACUUAUACAUUCAAAUAAUCUAGUAUGUUAUUGUAAAUGUUACUGCUAUCGUUCUAUGGUUUCAUUAGAAUCUGGUUAGAUGUGUUUAGAGUAUUUGGAUACAGUCUGACAACUUAAAUAAUAAUUGUAAUGCCACAAAAUAUAUAUAUAUUCAGUUGAAUACGCAUGUAGUAUGUCGCAUUAAUAUUUUUUAGAUGGUAAAUGGUUGAAUAAAUGUUUAUCUAGAGUAUAUAUUGUAAAUAAAUCUGCUGAGCUUCUCAUUUAUAUCUUACUUUUAUUGUAGAAUACCAUCUAUUAAAGGAUGUUUUACAUUUCAAAAAAUUUGAUAUAUCUCGCGCAAAUAUUAUAUAUUCAAAUCAUGCGUAGCCUGUUAUACAAAAUAUCUUCCAAACGGUGUUCAAUCAUGGAUUAAUAAUUGUGCCUUAUUGCUCAAUCAGUUAUUCAAAUCACAAGCGCGAUCUUCCACAGAGUAGAUUUAUAUAAUGUCAAUUUUUGUUAAAGCUUGUUAUGUUCUAUUAUAUUUGCCUUUACCCUCAUUAUGUACAGAAUUACAAAUUAUAAUUGCUUAUCAUGAUUCAUGAACAUGAUCAUUCGAAAAAUGUCUCCAAAAGAAUCAAAAGGAACACACGUCAGUGUGUAAGUAUUUUUACUGUAAGCCAUCGCUUGAAAUAAUUCUUGUACUGGAUUGUGAAUUAUCAUGGAAAGCGCGUGAUAGAAUGAUAAUAACUAUUGCCGUAAUAAAUUACAGUAGUAUGCUGCAAUACUUGAUUAAAAGUGCGCUAAAUACUUUUUCAUAUUAUAUCUUCUCAUAUGAUUAUAUUCUAUAUGUAUAUUUCGCAUUUAGGGAACACUGUCUGUUGCAGCCACAAUGGGAUUGAUCCAUAUUACUUUGAAAUGGUGCUAAUAACACCCUUGCGACCCCAAACAGACGUCAUGUUAAACGUGGACGUUAAUAUCGUUGUACCGUGUGUCGCACGUAUUAAAUCACAACAAAAUGUGACGUAUUUAAUAGCAAUAUGCAUUAUCAACAAUAAAACAUUACCUGUGCUUUUCCUAUUUUCUACUUUUAAAAACUCAUAAAUUCAAUAUACUGUAACUUCCUUUGUUAAUAAUCAUGAUUGUUAAUAAAACGAUAUUUAAACAUGUUUAUAUUUCAAAUUUCUUCAUUCGUUCACGGUCGCCACAUGUUUCCUUCCCUUAACUCAAAUAUAAAGAAUAUCGUCAUUAAUAAAAACAUAAUCCUAAUUGGAUGGGCCGUAUAACUAUCAUUAAAACAUUUAUCCUUCAAUGUAGACAUUUAAAAAGCCUUAUACUUAGUUAAAUUAUAUGAAUACCAGACUUAUAUUCAUUUCAUGCGAUUUUUCCAUGUGUUAUGGUCGGGGGAAUUUCCAAGACGUUCGAAUAAAUUUUGUUUAUAUAACUUAAUAAGAAUAUCAUUUUUACUACAAUUUAUGUUAUGGUAAAGUUUCUGCACCUAGUUAACAAUUUACUUUGUUUUUUGUAUCACGGUUUGAACUAUUCGCAAAUAAUAAAGUAAAUUCCCAUUGCUGUACAUAAUUAAUGCUAUCCUGCUAAUAAACAGUGUAUUUUGGGAUUAUUAUCUGUUACAUUAUCUUACUGCAUAUUUUGGUAUCGCCUUACUCGAUAAAUACCGGCUUUUAAUAAAUGUAGUAUUAUCUCUCA